AUGAAGAAGAGACCUGAAUAUCCCUUGAAAGCGGUUCCUGCUUAUUUCGUCCCUGCUGACAAGAUCGACGAGACAUUUCUAUACAAUUGCACUGACCUGACUUCAUCCGCUCUCGGUGGCAGAAUUGUAUCUGUCUCAGAUGAAUGGUUCGCUGAAGCUUCGAACCUGCUCAAUCCUAAGAAACCCAUCCAUAUCCCGGGAAAGGUUGUCUACACCGGAGGCUGGUACGAUGGGUGGGAAACGCGUCGACACAACAAACAGACCUUCGACUAUGCCAUCAUCCGGAUGGGACCAGCUGCUGGAACGAUAACUGGUGCUGAAGUUGACACAGCGUUCUUCAAUGGCAACGAAGCACCCGCCAUAUCGAUCGAGGGCUGUAAUGCCGAAAACGAUGAAGAUGUCAUUGGCUGGGGCAGGGAACGAGGAGGCUGGGAAACCAUACUUGGUCGUCAGGAGUGUGGUCCCAAUCGCCGCCAGGGCUGGAAGUUGAAGACUCCCACAGAGAAAGCCUAUUCAUACAUACGGCUCAACAUGUACCCUGACGGGGGCAUUGCACGAUUCCGCCUUUUCGGCCACGCGAUUCCUGCUUUUCCCGAGAAGAAGAGUGCACUGGUAGACCUCGCUGCUGCUAUUAACGGUGGUGUGAUCUCGAGUUGCAGUGAUCAGCACUUCAGCAGUGCCAGCUACCUGCUCAUUCCUGGUCGUGGAAAGGACAUGAGUGAUGGUUGGGAGACGAAACGGAGCCGAGUAGAGGGACAUGUGGAUUGGGUCGUCGUGCGGCUAGGCUGCAGGGGAACAGUCUCAAAGAUAGUCGUUGACACUGCUCACUUUCGAGGCAAUUUCCCCAGUGAGCUGAAAGUUGAAGGAAUUGACUGGACCGCGCAAGGAGAACCACCUGCGGAUAGUAAGGACUGGCAAGAUCUUACUGGGCUGCAGGAGGGUGAGGGGGACAAGCAACUUGGAUAUCCCUGUGCUGUUCAAACGCCCUUGACGCACAUUAAAUUGAUCAUCAUUCCAGAUGGAGGAGUCAAGAGAAUCAGAGCAUUCGGCCAGAGGAUUUGA